AUGUCCAACACUCCUCCGACGCCAAGAUUCGACGCUCCACGACCCGGUACUCCUCUGGCUCUGAUGCCAUCCCAAGGUCGCAGUGGCUCGCUAAGUUCAACACCUGAGCCCAGUGUCUAUGGCGGUGAUGACCCCUUCGGGGACUCGCGCUCUCAGAAUCCUCAUAUCCAGUUUGUUGAGCCUUCCAUAGGCGCGCGGAGUACCAGCGAGUUUGGUGUAAGUUCGGUAACAUUGCCCUACGAUACCGAGGGCAAGGAAAGCCACUAUGACGAAGAAGCCGAGAGGAUGCCACUCACUGCCGGUCAGGAAUUCGCUGGGGGAUUCUAUCCUCCUGGCGAUGUGGAUAAACUGGGCCUUCCAUACCCAGGGACGAUUGGCCGACCAGCUUCAUCGUACUCGAUGGGCGUGGAGAGUGCAUGGCGCCGGCGCCAGACAAUCAAACGCGGAGUAACACGAAGGGUCAAGCUUACGAACGGCAAUUUCAUAGCAGAAUACGCUGUGCCAACGCCAAUCUACAAUGCGAUCGAAGGAAAGUACAGGCAGACCAACACCACGGAAUUCUCGCAUAUGCGGUACACUGCUGCGACAUGUGAUCCUGAUGAAUUUACGACAGAGAACGGGUGGUCUCUUAGGACCAAAAAUUACGGUCGCCAGACCGAGAUCCUCAUCGCAGUCACCUCCUACAACGAGGAUAAAACCCUCUACGCCCGCACGUUGCACGGUGUCAUGCUUAACAUCCGUGACAUAUGCAAAACUAAGCAGUCGAAAUUCUGGCGCCGUACGGCUGAGGAAGGCAACCCUGGAUGGCAACGAAUAACGGUCGCGCUGAUUGUUGAUGGGUUAGACUCGAUGGACAAGAGUGUUUUGGAUAUUCUAGCAACCGUGGGCGUGUAUCAAGAUGGUGUGAUGAAGAAGGACGUGGACGGCAAGGACACAGUCGCCCAUAUUUUUGAGUAUACUACACAGCUUUCUGUCGACGCCAAACCACAACUGGUUCUACCGACAGAGGGAAACGAUGCGCUGAACUUAGUCCCAGUUCAGAUUAUCUUUGUUCUCAAGGCCAAGAAUCAGAAGAAAAUCAACUCUCACAGAUGGUUGUUUAACGCCAUCGGGAGGAUGCUUGAGCCGGAGACGUGUGUACUGAUCGAUGCUGGGACAAAGCCAGGCCAUAAAUCAAUCUACUACCUAUGGGAGGCGUUCUACAACGACAGGAACCUGGGCGGAUGCUGCGGCGAAAUCCACGCGAUGAUCAAAGGAGGGAAGAAGCUUCUCAACCCUCUAGUCGCGGCGCAGAACUUCGAAUACAAGAUGUCUAACAUCUUGGACAAGCCCCUAGAAAGCAGUUUUGGUUACGUCUCCGUCCUUCCAGGUGCCUUCUCUGCGUACCGAUAUCGCGCAAUUCUCGGCAAACCUCUUGAGCAAUACUUUCACGGCGACCAUUCUCUCGCAGAUCGCCUGGGUGCGAAAGGCAUUCACGGAAUGAGUAUCUUCACGAAGAACAUGUUCUUGGCGGAGGACAGAAUUCUUUGCUUCGAGCUCGUCGCGAAGGCCGGGGAUAAAUGGACGUUGACAUAUGUCAAACCCAGCAAAGCGGAGACGGACGUACCCGAAACCGCAGCAGAACUGAUCGGUCAGCGGAGGAGAUGGCUGAAUGGGUCGUUUGCCGCUUCGGUGUAUGCACUGGUCAAUUUCUUCAAGAUCUACAAGUCUGGUCAUGGGAUCAUCCGCUUAUUCUUCCUCCAUCUUCAAGCCUUAUACAACUCCUUCUCGCUGUUCUUCACCUGGUUUGCGCUCGCCAAUCUAUGGUUGACGUUCAGUAUCAUCAUCGAUUUGCUACCGUCACAAGGAGUGGUCAUCAUCAGCCGCGCAUUCGCACAUUGGUUCAACCUUGCGCUACAAUGGCUUUAUCUGAUUUUCCUGGCUCUCCAGUUUGUUCUUGCAUUAGGCAAUCGUCCGAAGGGUGAAAGGAUGGCGUAUACCAUCACACUUGUCGUAUACGCCGUGUUAUCGCUGUACCUUCUAAUUUGCUCAUUCUGGCUCACCGCUCUGGCUUUCAAACAAAUCCCUUCGCUACUCAAUGGGAAGACGUCGUCUGAGGUCAUUUCACAGUUCUUUGCUCCUCCGAUAGGACCGCUCGUUGCUGCUAUCAUAUCAACAUUCGGUGUUUACUUCAUCGCUUCCUUCUUAUUUGGCGAUCCCUGGCAUAUGUUCUCAAGUUUCCUGCAAUACCUCCUUUUAGCCCCUUCUUUCAUCAACGUCCUCAAUGUGUACGCCUUCUGCAAUCUUCACGACGUCUCUUGGGGAACGAAAGGCAGUGACAAAGCGGAUGCCCUUCCAUCAGUCUCGUCUAAGAAAGGCCCGGAAGCUCCCGAAGUAGAGGAUGUAACGAAAGUACAGGAAGAUGUUGAUGCCGCCUUCAAAGAAACUGUUUCCCGGGCGCUCACUAGGGUCAACGAAGUCGAGGUUCGGGAAAAGCCCACAAUGGACGACGAGAAUAAGACGUUCCGAACAAGACUCGUAGCAUUCUGGAUGAUCACAAAUGGAGCCCUUGUCAUCUUCGUCCAGAACAUCAAUGGCUGGCUUGAUAUCGAAGACCCCAACAUCACGAAGGAGCAAAUUGAAGACUUCCAGAAGGGCGUCGGAUCAAAAACCAACAGCUACUUUGCGUUCAUCUUGUACUCGACGUUCGCCCUUGCCAUGAUUCGCUUCUGCGGUUGCCUAUUCUACUGGACCAAGAGAAAUCUGUUCAGAUGUUGUCGAAGAAAUUGA